GGAUAUACCUGGCAAUUUAUUUCAAAAUCAAGCCACAGCAGAGAUUCCCAAAUAGCACCGAAUUCGGCUGUAAAUUACUCAGCACCCGUGAUACGCAUCCACUGAUAAACCGAGUGGCAACUCCGCGGCCCACCAUGUAUACAAAAACAAGAAACAACGAUGAAAACGAGUCGCGCGAUAAAUAAAUGGAAAGCGGAGCGGAGAGGCGCAGCAGAAGAAAGAGCGCCCCAAAACGAGUAGGGGAAUAGCAGGAGAAUCGUUCUGUUUCGACAAACAGACACAGAAAACAAAAAGGCCCCGAAAACAAAACGGCGUUAGAAAAUCCCAAAAAUUUGCAGUGUGUCGGACAGUCGGCUUCACUACAACAAAACGCAUUGGUCAAUAACGAUUGCGGAUUACCUUUAUUUUCUCGAAAUUAUUGAGUAAUUUACGUGCAGAUAGCAGAGAGAGAGACAGAGCGCGUGAAGGAGGAGAGGCGGCAAGUUAAUUUGAAUCUGAGUGCGGUGACUUCCUGCCAAAAGUGAACUGAGCUGAUCGGAACUGACUCCCAGGGUUAAGCUCAGCCAGAGACGCUUAUCAUCAGGCGGUUAUUAUGAAAGGCAAUCACUAUAAGAUGUCUCGUAACAAAGACAAAUACGACAGCGCCAAUCGGAGACAGCAGAUCUUUCUGUCGCAGGAGGACAUAGCCGCUGGAAAGAAGACGAAUUGGAGCGGUCUGGAGAUUACUGGCUGCGUACGGAACAUUAGUCCGUCGUUGUGGGAGUUCGAGCACCUGACCGCGCUUUAUCUAAACGACAACCAGCUGUUACGAUUGCCCGCCGAUGUGGGUAUGCUCAUCAGCCUAAGGACCUUGGAUCUGUCCGGCAAUAAGCUGAGGAGCCUUCCCGCCGAGCUUGGCGAACUCAUCCAGCUUCGGGAACUGCUGCUGAACAACAACUUUCUGCGCGUGCUGCCUUACGAGAUCGGCAAGCUGUUCCACCUCGUCAUACUGGGACUCAUGGGCAAUCCGCUGCAAAAGGAGUUCAUGAACAUCUACAACGAGCCGAAUGGCACGCAAAAACUGCUCACUUACAUGCUGGACAACUUGUCAUUUACCGUCAAUCCACCGCCCCAGAGGCCCUGGCUGCCACUGGCCAAGCCCAACAAAACGCGACCAGCCUGCAUUUUUACGGUUAUGUGCUAUAAUGUACUCUGCGACAAGUACGCGACGCGACAGAUGUACGGAUACUGUCCAUCGUGGGCGCUGUGCUGGGAGUAUCGGAAAAAGUCCAUCAUCGACGAGAUUCGCCACUACGCGGCGGACAUCAUUAGUCUGCAGGAGAUCGAGACGGAACAGUUCUAUCACUUUUUCCUGCCGGAGCUCAAGAACGAUGGAUAUGAGGGCAUUUUCUCGCCCAAGUCGCGAGCCAAGACCAUGUCUGAGGUGGAGCGGAAGUAUGUCGACGGCUGUGCGAUAUUCUUCAGGGCGUCAAAGUUCACGCUGAUCAAAGAGCACCUGAUCGAGUUUAACCAGCUGGCGAUGGCCAAUGCCGAGGGCUCCGACAACAUGCUGAACCGCGUGAUGCCCAAGGACAACAUAGGCCUGGCUGCCUUGCUGAAGGUGAAGGAGAACGCCUGGGAACCGAUGUCCGAGGUGACGCAGAUCUCGCAGCCGCUGCUCGUAUGCACGGCGCAUAUUCACUGGGACCCCGAGUUCUGUGACGUCAAGCUCAUCCAGACGAUGAUGCUGAGCAAUGAGCUGAAGACGAUCAUCGACGAGGCGAGCCACAGCUUCCGGCCCGGGCACAAGAACGACUCGAAUGCCGUCCAGCUGCUGUUGUGCGGCGACUUCAACUCGCUGCCUGACUCGGGCGUGGUUGAGUUCCUCGGCAAGGGCCGCGUUUCCAUGGACCACUUGGACUUUAAGGACAUGGGCUACAAGUCCUGCCUGCAGCGGUUGCUCUCGAACGACACCAACGAGUUCACGCACUCGUUCAAGCUGGCCUCCGCCUACAGCGAGGACAUCAUGCCGCACACCAACUACACGUUCGACUUUAAGGGCAUCAUCGACUACAUCUUCUAUACGAAGACGGGCAUGGUGCCGCUGGGCCUGCUUGGACCCGUCUCCAACGACUGGCUGCGCGAAAACAAGGUGGUGGGCUGCCCCCAUCCGCACAUACCCUCUGAUCACUUCCCACUCCUCGUCGAGCUGGAGCUGAUGCAUACGGCCAGCCAGCAGGCGCCCCCCAACGGGCUGAUCAAUCGCCGGUAGCAAUAGAAUCGGCGCGGCAGACCCACUACCAGCAACAGUACCACCAGCACCACCACCCUGAUGACGACGACGACGACGACGGCGCCGGCGUCCGCUCGGACACCGGUCGCCAGCGGUGGGGGGAGCGGCGGCAGUGGGCCUGGAACUGGGAGCGGGAGUGGGAGUGGAAGCGGAAGCGGCGGCAGCAUAGGAGGCCUCAUGAUACCGGGCGGCUACAGGGGACGCAGCUGCAGCAAUAGCGGAAGCCAGCGUCUGGCUGCCGCACUCGGACCGGCGAGAAAGACGGCCAAUCCUACCCAGUCGCCGGCGGACAAACAGGCAGCCGCAACGCAUCCCUCUCCCAACUGACGUGGCGCUCUGCUCGCAUCAAGAUUCAGUUUUAGAGUUAGAUACGAUUUCGAACCCCCACCCACGGCCCCCCCGAGACCAUUUACCAAGCAAAACAUCCCAAACAACCAUUGUCCCCCUCAGAACCCUAAGUUAUAAGCUGACGACGUUGUGGAGGCUUCGCUGCUUUGUGCGCUGGAUCGCAAAGUGCGUACACCGAUGCAACCACCAUUCAUUCGCUAGGAUCGUAAUCGUAAUAGGAAGGAAUAUAUCAUUUACUUGCUGCACUCAUUCUUCCGCGCUUCUUCUCAUUUUAAUUUUAUCAACUUUACGUUUUCAUCGAAUAAUAAAUCCGUACAUAUACCUAUGAUCUA